CUCCUCAGCUGGUAACUGCCUGCUACUGUCUUGCACCACAGUGUCUAAUUUUCCACAUGAGGUCGAGGGCCUGGGGGCGCACGUGCAGCUCCACCCCCGAGAGGCGGGACCUCGCUCAGAGCCAAUGAGCGCGUGGGGGCAGAGGGUAGAGAAGUUUCCAGAGGCCUACAGCUAGUGGGGAGGAGGAGGAACUUAUAAAGAGGGUGCGGGUGACGCUGCUGCACAGCCAUGCAGUCCAAACGUGAAUGUGAGCAAUGGUGUGAGAGGGUGAAUCCAGAGAACAAGGCGGCCCUGGAGGCUUGGGUCAGGGAGACGGGCGUCCGCCUGGUGCAGGUGAACGGGCAGAGGAAGUAUGGCGGGCCACCCCCAGGCUGGGUGGGCAGCCCGCCGCCGCCUGGCUCCGAGGUGUUCAUAGGACGGCUCCCCCAGGACGUGUACGAGCACCAGCUGAUCCCACUCUUCCAGCGCGUGGGCCGCCUCUACGAAUUCCGCCUGAUGAUGACCUUCAGCGGCCUGAACCGCGGCUUCGCCUACGCCCGCUACAGCUCGCGGCGCGGCGCCCAGGCAGCCAUCGCGACGCUGCACAACCACCCUCUGCGGCCAUCCUGCCCGCUGCUUGUCUGCCGCAGCACCGAAAAGUGCGAGCUGAGCGUGGACGGGCUGCCGCUGGCCGUGACCCACAACAUGCUGCUGCUGGCACUGCAGCCACUAGGGCCUGGCCUGCAGGAAGCGCAGCUGCUGCCCAGUCCCGGCCAGGCGCCCGCGCAGAUAGCGCUGCUUAAAUUCAGCUCGCACCGCGCUGCCGCCAUGGCCAAAAAAGCCCUAGUAGAAGGUCAAUCCAGGCUCUGUGGAGAACAGGUGGCUGUGGAGUGGCUCAAGCCAGACCUAAAGCAACGGCUCCGCCAGCAGCUGAUGGGUCCCUCACUUCAGUGCCUACAGCCAGAAGGCAGCCAAUUGGUCCUAGGCAGGGGCAGGCUAGGGUACCAAGGUGCUCGGGCUGCCCUGCAGCUACUGUGCCAACGAAUGAAGCUGGGUAGCCCAGUAUUCCUUACCAAGUGUUUGGGCAUAGGACCUGCUGGCUGGCAUCGCUUCUGGUACCAGGUAGUGAUCCCUGGGCAUCCAGUGCCUUUCAGUGGCCUCAUCUGGGUUGUGCUAGCAACAGAAGGGCAAGAUGGGCAUGAGAUGGCCAAGGAUGCUGUGUCAGCACGGCUGCUGGAGGCACUGAGUGAGUCCGGAGCCAGUCUCUUAUGGUGUUCUGGAGCUGAGGCAGGUGCCGUGGUUAAGCAGUGACCCCUUACUCUCCCCUCAGGCAGCCUGAACUGCAGGCAGGGCCUGUGUCUGCCCUCAGCCCAGCAGGCCUGGGCAGAAACUAAGUUGAUCCCUAGAAGGGGAGGGGCCCCCUCCCCAGGUCUUGAGACAGCAGCACCACUGGGGCAGGGCUCAAAGAACACCUGAGGACUGCUCAGAUUUGGCUUAAAUUGUGAGGCAUUUUGCCCUCCUGCCCUGAACCCAGGGCCAUUCCCUGUGUAACACAGAACACCAUAUCCCUGCUCUCCCUCACCCCCAAGAUAGCAUGAAUCUUUGUUUUUAUUUGGGGGACUGGCUGAACCAAAAAGUCAAUGUCUGCCCUUCUACCCCACCAGUUGUCAUUCUGACUUUGUUUGUAAUAUGGUUUUGAGCUUUUCUAUGCUGGUUGUAUUUAUAUUAAACUCCUAGUUAGUAUA